UGUCAGGCUGAGCUCGGACACCAGCCGAGUUGCGUCAGUGCUGAGCGCGUGUUCGUUCCCGGGCGCGCGCACCCGGGCCAGUUCGGAGGCCCCGGCGGGGCUGGGAAAUGAUGGAGCAGGCUGAGGCAGAAGUGAGCGAGUGUUGAGUGGAACCUGCGGAAUCUGCGGAGAUGAGAUCGGGCGCGGGCUCGCCCUGUGGGACUCCUCGCGUCCAGUGGCUGCUGUUGUUUGGCUUAGUGGGCCCAGUCCUCGGUGGGGUCCCGCCAGGUUUUGAGCAGAGCUCACAUCUCUCGUCUUAUGAAAUUAUAACUCCUUGGAGAUUAAUUAGAGAACGAAGAGAAGCCCCUAGGCCCUAUUCAAAAGAGGUAUCUUAUGUCAUUCAAGCUGAAGGAAAAGAACAUAUUAUUCACUUGAAAAGGAACAAUGACCUUUUGCCCAAAGAUUUUGUAGUUUAUACCUACAACAAAGAAGGGGCUCUGAUCUCUGACUAUCCUGAUAUACAGAAUCAUUGUCAUUAUCGGGGCUACGUGGAGGGAGUUCAUAAUUCAUCUAUUGCUCUUACCGACUGUUUUGGACUCAGAGGAUUGCUGCAUAUAGAAAAUGUGAGUUAUGGGAUCGAACCCCUGCAAAACAACUCCAAUUUUGAGCACAUCUUUUAUCGAAUGGAUGAUGUCCACAAAGAGCCUCUGAAAUGUGGGGUUGCCAACAAAGAUAUUAAGGAGGAAACCAAAAAGGAUAAAGAGGAACAACAUCCUAGUAUCACUCAGCUACUUCGAAGAAGAAGAGCUGUUCUGCCACAGACCCGAUAUGUGGAGCUGUUCAUUGUUGUAGACAAGGAAAGGUAUGACAUGAUGGGGAGAAAUCAGACAGCUGUGAGAGAAGAAAUGAUUCGCUUAGCAAACUACUUGGAUAGUAUGUAUAUUAUGUUAAAUAUUCGAAUUGUGCUAGUUGGACUGGAGAUUUGGACAAAUGGAAACCUCAUCAAUAUAAUCGGGGGUGCUGGUGAUGUGUUGGGGAACUUCGUGCAGUGGCGGGAAAAGUUUCUCAUCACUCGUAGGAGACAUGACAGUGCACAACUUGUUCUGAAGAAGGGUUUUGGUGGGACUGCGGGAAUGGCAUUUGUGGGAACAGUGUGUUCAAGGAGCCAUGCAGGCGGGAUUAAUGUGUUUGGGCAAAUCACAGUGGAGACAUUUGCAUCUAUUGUUGCUCAUGAGUUGGGCCAUAACCUCGGAAUGAAUCAUGAUGAUGGCAGAGAUUGUUUUUGUGGUGCAAAGAGCUGCAUCAUGAAUUCAGGAGCAUCAGGCUCCAGAAACUUUAGUAAUUGCAGUGCAGAGGACUUUGAGAAGUUAACUCUAAAUAAAGGAGGAAACUGCCUUCUUAAUAUUCCAAAGCCUGAUGAAGCUUAUAGUGCUCCUUUCUGUGGUAAUAAAUUGGUAGACCCUGGAGAAGAGUGUGACUGUGGUACUCCAAAGGAAUGUGAAUUAGACCCUUGUUGUGAGGGGAGUACUUGUAAGCUCAAAUCAUUUGCUGAGUGUGCAUAUGGUGACUGUUGUAAAGACUGUUGGUUCCUUCCAGGAGGUACUUUAUGCCGAGGAAAAACCAAUGAAUGUGAUGUUCCAGAAUAUUGCAAUGGUUCUUCUCAGUUCUGUCAGCCAGAUGUUUUUAUUCAGAAUGGAUAUCCUUGUCAGAAUAACAAAGCAUAUUGUUACAAUGGCAUGUGCCAAUAUUAUGAUGCUCAAUGUCAAGUCAUCUUUGGUUCAAAAGCCAAGGCUGCCCCAAGAGAUUGUUUCAUUGACGUGAAUUCUAAAGGUGACAGAUUUGGCAAUUGUGGUUUCUCUGGUAAUGAAUACAAGAAGUGUGCCACUGGGAAUGCUUUGUGUGGAAAGCUACAAUGUGAGAAUGUACAAGACAUGCCGGUAUUUGGAAUUGUGCCUGCUCUUAUUCAGACUCCCAGUAGAGGUACUACAUGUUGGGGUGUAGAUUUCCAGCUAGGGUCAGAUGUUCCAGAUCCUGGGAUGGUGAAUGAAGGUACAAGAUGUGAUGUUGGAAAGAUCUGUAGAAACUUCCAAUGUGUAAAUGCUUCCAUUCUGAAUUAUGACUGUGAUGUUCAGAAAAAGUGUCAUGGACACGGGGUAUGUAAUAGCAAUAAGAAUUGUCACUGUGAAAAUGGCUGGGCUCCACCAAAUUGUGAAAAUACAGGAUAUGGAGGAAGUGUGGACAGUGGACCUACAUAUAAUGAAAAGAGUACUGCAACGAGAGACGGACUUCUGGUAUUCUUCUUUGUAAUUGUUCCCCUUAUUGUUUUUGCUGCUUUUGUCUUCAUCAAGAGAGAUCAAAUAUGGAGAAGCUGCUUCAGAAAGAAGAGAUCACAAACAUAUGAAUCAGAUGGCAAAAAUCAAGCAAAAGUUUCUAGACCUCCAGUGAGUGUUCCUCGACACGUUUCUCCAGUGACUCCUCCCAGAGAAGUUCCUAUAUAUGCAAACAGAUUUCCAGUACCAAACUAUGCAGCCAAACAGUCUCAGCAGUUUCCAUCAAGGCCUCCUCCACCUCAACCGAAAGUAUCACCACAGGGAAAUUUAAUUCCUGCUCGUCCUGCUCCUGCGCCUCCUUUAUAUAGCUCCCUUACUUGAUCUUUUUUUUUUUUUUAACUUUUCUUUUGCAGAUAUCUUCAGGGAACUGAGUGAAUUUUUAUUUUCCUGAUAUUUUCUUGAACAGCCUUUUUUCCUGCUGCAACUAUGAAUGGAAAGUAAUUACCACAAAGUUUACUAACACAGGAAAACAGAAAUUGAGUGGUAGGAAUUGAGGAAUAUAAGAAAUGAAGUAAAACCAGGGAAUUUAGAAUAACAUUUCCACUUCUAUCAUUGAAUAAAUUUUUUUCCGUCA